GCGAGCAAAGGCGGGCGCGUUCUAUUCUAUUCUUCAUAUUUGCAAUUGUGUGUUUGCUUCAUUGUUUUUGUGUUAUACACAAAACACUUUCGAUUCGAUUCGAUAUGAUUUAGAGUUGUUGUGUUUAAAAACUCCCUCUGAACUGACCUGGCCUAUAUAUAGAGUCAGACACCACAAUUGUACGUUGUUUUGUAUGCUCGCCAUGGGCUGCGCCAGCAGCACUCCAAUGGUGGCAACCGCAGGCAGUGAAAUGCUAAAAGCCGCCACACAUGUGGCUGGCGAUGUCAAACAAAAAGGAGAAGCCGCACUAGAAGAUGCGACACAAACGUUAAAUGCGACCGUGGACACGGCCAAGGAAACGGUUAGCACAGCCGUGGCCGGCAUAACAAAUGAGCUGGGCAACGCAUUCAAGGAUGGCACCGAGGCACUCGACGACGCCAAGCACAAAGUGCUCGAGGGUCUCCACUUGGAGGAGGCAGCAGGAGGAGGAGGUGGCGGCAAGCCAAGCGAAACGGAAGGACUCAGCACAUCACGUGCCCCGACACCCGCACUCGAUGCAGAUGCGGACAGUCUGAAGACAUCGACGCCCGAGCCGGAAAUUGAACGAGCUCUGGCAAAUGGCUCGGCGAAUGAGGAAGAGGCGCCGCCAACGCCGAAGCCUUCGUUGCAGGAAAUGGCCGAGCUGAGUGCUCAAGUGGAUGCCACAGUGGCAACAGAAACAGCAGCAGCAACAACAACAACAGCCACUGCUGCUGCUGCUGCACCAUCCCAACGUUGGUCUCGUCGCUCGGAGCCAGAAACAGAAACAGACGAAGACCAGCGACGACCGAGCACCACAGAAUGGGAAAAGCUGGCCGAUCAGUUGGCCAAGAGUCGCAAAUUCAAGCCCUACGAGAGUUUCGCGCAUAGCCAAAAUCAAUUCUCCGUGUAUCAGGACUACACGAGUCUGCGCGACAAGCCAGGACACUACGAUGGUCACUUCAGUGGCGGCAACUCGCUGGAGACGAGCGCCUCGCAAUCGCAAUCGGAUCUGUCCAGUGGGCAUUUGACACCAGCGCCCACACGGCGAGGCCAUCGGGAUUAUGCCAAGUUCGUUGGGUCCGAGCAGCCGGGAAGUGUGUCGCGUGCCAGUUCACGACUCUCGAAUGUGGGCGGCAGAGCCUUUGACUUUAAUCCGCAACGCGAACGCAUUAAUCUGCCCAUUGCGAAUGCUCGCAAUGCGGUUGGCGGACGUUCGCUUUGGGCGCGAGGUCAACAUGAUGUGCUGCCCGAGGAGCCACCACAGUUGCGUAGAAGCAGCAUGACAAUUGGCCAUAGUCAACCUUUAAGGGCGAUGGAACGUAAUGUAAAUGUGGCCAGAUCUACUUCGAAUUUGACAAGUUCCUCAUUGCAACGCCAGCAUGAAGCAAAGAGCAAACACAAGUUGAGACAAUCUAUGGAAGAUGUGUCAAAGAAAUCAUUUAAUGGCAGUCGUAGAGUCAGUGAAGCAGUUGAGCAAAGCAAGCCACGAAAGUUUGCUGAUAACGUCGACAGAAAUGACCCGAUAAAGUCGCAACGCUUGCACAGCUCAAAGCCGAUUAAACAACCCAAAGAAUCGGAGAAUCCUUUGCAUGAGGCCUUCAAGUCCAUGUUAAUGGAUUCAGCACGCGACAUCAGUUCCACGGUGAUGUUAGCCAAGCCCCUAAAGACCAACCAAGCCAAGCUGCACAGCCCGUCGCAUGUCACAACGUGCAACAACAGCAACAGCCCAAGCAACAAUAAAAUGCCAACGCCUUUGGCCUCGCGUGCUUCAACUUUUAUUGCAGAGACAACCGAAAGCCGCAGCUCACUUGUCAAAUAUGCCACGCCCAUUGAAACGCCUCAACUGCAAACACCAACAAGACAGCAAACUGCCGCUUCGAGGGCUUCGGCUUCAUCUGUCAUCAAUGCGCUGACAGUUUCUCCGCGGGCAGCGAGUAAAGAAAGUACCGCAACAACUAUCGCAGGACAUGCUACACCCAUAAGAGGAAGGACGAAUGUGGAAGACAAGUCACAAUCUCCGCCUGCCUCUCGUUCUGCUUCGCGUUUAUCCUCGACCAGCAGUGGCGAAGUGGUCAUAAAACCUUUGAGUCAUUUAAAUACUCCCAGCGUUGUGUCCAUCUCACCCGAGUCCUGUCAAGUUGUGAUGACCGAGUACGAGGACAACGACUUGGAAGCUGCCUUAGCUCGUCUGGCGGAUUGGCGAGGUUCAACUGCCACAUUGCAUUCGCUGCGUUCUUCCAAUCGCAAUUCUCUCAACUCUGGCCACUUUGAUUCGCGUCGAACUUCGCCUUGGUUGCGGCGACAGACGGAGCACAACAGUCAAAGCAAGGAUCGCAGGACAUUCUCUAGCUGUGGUAUUGCUGAGUUGACGUCGCCCUCGAAAGCAGCGCCGCUCGACAGGUGCGAAAUUUGUUGCAACGAAAUUACAAUGAAUUGAGUAUACGUUAUCAAGUAUACGCAAUGUUGGAUAUAAUAUGUUUAAGAAAAUUUUAUGUUAUAUUUC